UCUGUCCCUAUCAUGCAGCAGUUCAAAAACAACAGUAUUAAGGAGUGUGUCUGAAUGAGGAGAUGUCUGUUUAAAAACCAACGAUUCAUGGAUUCAUGGACAACAGUGUUUUUAUUUUUGACCAUGCUGCUGUUUCCCAGGUAGGAUAAUAUUUGACCACUGCAAUGUACCUGGAAGAAUACCAGACAGAGAAGUAGAUAAGGAGCUGUUGAGUCUGGAAAUUCAUUGGAAGCUCCACAAACCUGCUACAUCUGCUGCUGCUGUGUAUUGGCUCAGUAGGAAGUAUGAAGUACUUUAUUUUCUUGGCCCUCUUUGCUGCAACAUAUGCAGCUCCUGUCCAGGAUGACAAGAUUGUUGGAGGCUAUGAGUGCAGGAAGAACUCUGUGCCCUAUCAAGUGUAUCUGAACACUGGCUACCGCUUCUGUGGAGGCGCCUUGAUCUCCAGGACCUGGGUGGUGUCUGCUGGUCGGUGCUCCUGGUCUUCAAUGAAGGUGCACCUUGGUGAGCACGACCUUGGUGUCGAUGAGGGCACAGAGCAAAUCAUCGACGCUGAGAAGAUCAUCGAUCACCCCCGUUACACCUUGUACCACAACGACAUCAUGCUGGUCAAGCUCAGCAAACCUGCCACCCUCAACAACUACGUCCGCACCGUGUCCCUGCCCACCAGCUGUGCUGUCACUGGCACCAAAUGUCUGACCUCUGGAUGGGGCUUAACCUGCAACUUUGAAAGUCAGUCUAACACUGAAAACAUAUCUGGAAAAUACUUUGGUGAAAGGUAUGGUACCGUCUCUGAUCGUCUGAGGUGCCUGGAUGUCCCCAUCCUGAGCGACACAAACUGCGACUCCUCCUGGCCUUACCAGUUCACCUCCAACAUGUUCUGCGCUGAAUCCCUCGAGGAAUACGAGGACUCCUGCGAGGGUGAAUUCGGUGCCCCCCUAGUGUGCAAUGGUCAGCUGCAGGGUUUGCUGUCCUGGGGCUUUUACUCGGAGAAUAUGCCUGAAGUCUACACCAAGGUCUGCAAAUACACCUCCUGGAUCCGCGGAAUCAUGAUGUCUGAAUAAACGGAACUGAAGUCACUUCAAACAACAUUAAUCUCAAGAAAUUAUAAAAGCAGUUUGAAGUGAAUAAAUGAU